UUCUUUAAAUUGCUAUCUUCCGAGGUUUCCCUAUGCAGAAGCAGUCUUGCUCUUUAGCAAUCAAUUUAAAUAAGAUAAUUUUUUCCAGAUCAAUGCCGGAGUCUACAAUGGCUAAUGCCGACCAAGAAGCCAAGCGCAGGGAACGUGUUUUGUCCACUAAACUCUACUUUGACAUCUCCCAAUCCAAGGUGCCUCUAAUCUACUCUUCCUCCUACGAUAUAUCGUUUAUGGGGAUCGAAAAACUGCAUCCCUUUGAUUCUUCAAAGUGGGGUCGCAUACGCAAAUUUCUCGUUUCAGAAGGCACGUUGGACCCAAAGGAUCUAGUAGAGCCCAAUGAGGCUACCAAAGAUGACUUGCUUGUGGUACACUCAGAACGCUACUUGAACAGCCUAAAGAGCAGUCCAAAUGUCGCUUAUAUCAUUGAGGUUCCUCCUGUUGCAUUGCUACCCAACUGUAUUUUGCAGCAGAGAGUUCUUCAACCAUUCCGUAAGCAGGUUGGAGGUACUGUGCUAGCUGGGAAACUUGCCAAGGAGAGAGGCUGGGCUAUCAACAUUGGUGGAGGAUUUCAUCAUUGCAGUGGUAACAGAGGGGGUGGAUUUUGUGUAUAUGCAGACAUUUCUCUUUGUAUACAGUUUGCCUUUACUCAUAUGGAGAUCUCAAGGGUGAUGAUAAUUGAUCUUGAUGCCCAUCAAGGAAAUGGGCAUGAAAUGGACUUCGCUCGUGAUGAGAGGGUCUACAUCCUGGACAUGUAUAACAGCGAGAUCUAUCCUCAGGAUUUUGAAGCAAGGCAAUACAUUCAACAAAGGAUAGAAAUAUCGAGUGGCACUUCAAACAAGGAAUACUUGGAUCGCCUGGACAAAGAGCUUGAGGUUGCUAGGAAUGCAUUCGAGCCAGAGUUAGUUGUUUAUAAUGCAGGAACUGACAUUCUCAGUGGUGAUCCAUUAGGCAGAUUAGAGGUCAAUCCUGAAGGAGUCAUUAUGCGAGAUGAAAAGGUCUUCACAUUUGCUCAGGAGAAGAGAGUUCCCAUUGUCAUGCUUACAUCAGGUGGCUACAUGAAAAGUAGUGCUCGAGUUAUUGCAGAUUCAAUCACAAAUCUUUCUAAGAAACAUUUAAUUGAUUUAAAUAAUAAAAAUACCUCUAGUUCUCAGAAUAUACAGAGUUAGGUUCUGCUUUUGCUUGAACCAAGCUUGUAUGUGAAUAUUCACUUGUAAAGUACUUUCUGUUUUGUCAAUAAACACUUGUGUAUAUCACUGUUCUGUAAAUUUCCCAUAAAAAUAACAGAGAUUGAAAUAAACUUUUUUUAA